CAAGCAUUAGAUCGUCAUUUACUCUUGCUCUCAUCAGUUUUGGUAGGCUAAACUUUCGAAUACAAAAUGGGUAUAUUCUCUAGAUUUGGUAGCUGGAUCAGUAAGAACAGUCAACAGCCUCUUAAGGGCGAGGCCAAGGGAUCUGAAAAUGACGAAUCUAAGUCGGUGUCAGAGAAAGACACUAAUAAUAAUGAUCCUGCUAAGAAGAAUAAGAAAGAAUAUUAUGAUGAAAAAGAGAAGAUGAGACAAGAUAUACUUUGGCAUGAUGAAGAGAAGAAGCAUCCUUGGCAUAAUCCCCCUCCCAAGGUCAAGGUGACAACUAAUAAAAAGGGUGUUUACCAUAUGAACUUAGAAAUGACGUUGGGGGCACCGCCUGAACUAAUCCACUUAUGGUUGACUCAUCCACACGGCAGUUCGUUUUUGGAUGAGAAGAAUUGGCGCAACCUUAUGAUAACCAAAUCAAAAAAGGUUUUGAUGGAGGAUGGCCCGAGGGGGGUCUACAAGGUGGAGAGAUCUGUAGCUUAUGACUUCUUUUCGCUGACGUAUAUACCUAUCCCGUUACAUCUAAUUGUGGAAGAAAACAGAAAAGAUCUUACGGGAAAAUAUAAGAAAGAGAAAGUAAUGUUGAUGGAAGUGUUCGAGGGAAACUAUAAAGUGGAGCCCGUAUAUGUAGAUCAAGAACGCUUGUGCAAAAAGAGGUUACCAAAGAGUCCGGAAGAAUAUAGAAAAUGUAGCGGUGGCCAAGGAAAGAUUGGGUCAAAAUUGACAAUAAAUCAAUACUUUGAGCCAUAUCCUCCAUUCAAUCUACCGCCGCUUUCUUGGUACAUCCGUGGGAGCACCAUCAAAACCUCCAAAAAACUGCUCAAUGCGCUUCAGAACACGGCUAAGAGUGUACGGAUGGCUGGGCCGCUGAAAGAACCAAAACCGUAAAUUAAGACAUCUAAUCAAAUGAGACUCUAUUUAGUUUUAUAUUUUAUUAAUGUUUAUUAUAAAUAAUUGAUGAAGUUUCUAUUGUUAAAAUAAUAUUUAUCAGUCAUUUUCAGUUGUAAUACUUUCACGACACGACAUUAUGUUUGAAUUUGAAAAUUUCUUAAAAUAA